GCCAUGACCGAGGGUUCGUCGCUGCGGACGACGCUGAAUGAUGAUGCAAUGUGGUCAAUGAACUUGAUAUCUACCGAAUCAAUGGAAUCGGGGCCGUAUCCUGAGCGUCCUGGAGAGCCAGACUGUUCUUAUUAUAUCAGAACAGGCCUAUGUAGGUUUGGAGCAACCUGCCGAUUUAACCAUCCCCCUAAUAGGAAGCUGGCUAUUGCCGCAGCAAGGAUGAAAGGAGAGUUCCCAGAAAGAAUGGGACAACCUGAAUGUCAGUACUACUUGAAGACGGGAACUUGCAAGUUUGGAGCCACAUGCAAGUUUCAUCAUCCCAAGCACAAGGCUGGGGUUGCUGGGAGAGUUUCCUUGAAUGUUUUAGGCUAUCCACUUCGUCUGAAUGAGAUUGAGUGUGCCUAUUAUUUAAGAACCGGACAGUGCAAGUUUGGAAGCACUUGUAAAUUUCACCAUCCUCAACCAUCCAAUAUGAUGGUUUCUCUACGUGGGUCUCCUGUUUAUCCGUCCAUCCAAUCUCCAACAACUCCUGGUCAGCAGUCAUAUGCAGGAGGAAUCACAAACUGGCCCUUAUCUAGGGGAUCUUUUAUUCCCAGUCCACGGUGGCAAGGUCCUUCAAGCUAUACGCCUUUGAUAGUACCUCAGGGAGUGGUAUCAGUUCCUAGCUGGAAUGCAUACAGUGGCCAGCUGGGGUCAAUUUCAUCUUCAGAAGGCCAGCAACAAACAGCGGGAAACAGUCAAACUUAUGGGACUUCGCGUGAGAAUGAACCAACAAAUGCAGGAUCUGAAGGGAUAUAUCCUCCAUACCGUUCUUGCACAAUUCCUGUAGGAUUUUAUGCAUUACAGAGAGAGAAUGUAUUUCCUGAGAGACCUGGUCAACCUGAAUGCCAGUUUUACAUGAAGACUGGAGAUUGUAAGUUUGGUGCAGUUUGUAGGUUCCACCAUCCGAGGGAGAGAUUGAUUCCUCCUCCAGAUUGUCUUUCGAGUUCCAUUGGCCUUCCUUUACGUCCAGGAGAACCUUUGUGCGUUUUUUAUUCCCGUUAUGGUAUCUGUAAGUUUGGUCCAAGUUGCAAGUUUGACCACCCUAUGGGAAUCUUCACAUACAACCUUUCAGCAUCUUCAUCUGAUGCCCCAGUUGUUCGGCGUUUGUUGGGGUCAUCAUCAGGCACUUCUGCUUUGAAUCUAACAGAAGGACUUGUUGAAUCAGGCUCAACAAAACCCAGGCGACUUUCACUGGCAGAAACAAGACAAAUGCCUUCUGGUGACAAUAAUAUUGAUGCAGAGUGAUAAAUGUUUCUUCAAGAAAUUUUCCAGUUAUUUCCUUGCAGUCUUUUGAAGGAUAAAGAAGAGUUAUCUGUAAAUUCAUUUUUCAUUGCUGAAGAUGGAUUCAUGUUAAGUCAAUCCUCUUCUGAAAAUGCAUUAAACUCAACGAACUACUCAUCGGACUUUAUGCUCUGUAUAAAACUGCAGCAUUUUCCCAAUUUGUUGAAAUCCAA